AUGAGUUACAGGGACAGUUUUGAGAUUGAAGAUGAAGAUGUCAGUGUCAAGGACAAUUUGAUGGGGAAAAGAGUCAUACCAGAGAUUAAAAAAAGAUCUAGUGUUAUAUCAUGGUGUUUGGGGAUUAUGGUUAUUAUUGUAUUUGCUUUAUUCAUAACAAAGGGGAUCAUAGAUACAGAAAUUGUUCAUGAUAAAGACCAUUUAAAAUUCAAAUAUUCAAAUUUCACACAAGAUCAUCAAGAACUCUUUAGAGAAAUACCCAAUUGGAAAUUAGAUACAAAUAAAGAAUAUAAAAGUUCAUCAAAUUGGAAUCAUAAUGCUCAACCAACUAUAAGAGAAUAUAAUUUCACAAUAUCAAAUAUCAUAGCAUCUCCAGAUGGUAUUAAAAGAAAUAUGACUGUAAUCAAUGAUAAAUAUCCAGGCCCAUUAGUUGAAUGUAAUUCAGGUGAUACUUUAAGGAUAAAUGUUUUCAAUAAUGGUUCAGAACCAACUUCAAUUCAUUUCCAUGGAUUAUUUUUCAAAAAUUUAAAUUAUUAUGAUGGUGCAACUUCAAUAAAUCAAUGUGAAAUCCCAUCAAAUAAAUCAUUCACUUAUGAAUUUCAAAUUGAUAAAGAUCAAUAUGGGACUUAUUGGUAUCAUUCCCAUUUUGGUACUCAAUAUGCUGAUGGUGUCUUGGGUCCACUUGUUAUUCAUUCUAAAGAAGAUGACAAAAAUACAAGGGAACUUUAUGAUGAAGAAUAUGUUAUAAUUAUGGGUGAUUAUUAUCAUGAUGUUGCUUCAAAUUAUUUAGAUGAUUAUUUAGCUUCAAAUAAUGAAAAUGAUGAACCAACACCUGAUAAUGGAUUAAUUCAAGGUUCAAAUGUUUUUUCAAAACCUGAUGAUUAUUACAAGCCAGAAUUUGAACAAAUUUAUUCAAAUCAUCAUGUUUUCAAAUUUAAACCUGAUACAAGAUAUAGAUUAAGAUUAAUUAAUGUUGGAUUCUUUGCUGAUUUAGAUUUUUCAAUUGAUAAUCAUCCAUUAACUAUAAUUGAAGCUGAUGGGACAUUAGUUAAACCUCUAGAUUUAGAAGUUUUAAACAUUGCAGUGGCUCAACGUUAUUCAGUAAUUAUCAAUACAAAUCAAUCAAGUGAUAAUAACAUGUUUUGGAUGCAUGCUAAAUUAAAUCAUUAUUGUUUUGGUCAUGAUAAUCCUUGGUUAAACACUGAUACAAAAGCUUUAGUUACAUAUACUGAUCAUCAACAGGAGUAUAAUAACUUAAUCUCAUCAUUACCUGAAUCUUUACAACCAAAUACUUCAGAAUAUUCAACAUCAACAGAUCCAUUAUGUAAAGAAUUAGAUGAAUCUUUAUUACAUCCAUUAAUCCCAGAUAAACCACCUCUUAAUUAUAAACAUCAUUUCAGAUUGGAUGCUUCAUUUUUCAUUGGUGCUUAUCAAUUAGAUCGAGGUUUUUUCAAUUCAACAACUUAUAGACCAUUAAAAACUUCAUCAACUUUAUAUAAACAAAUUUCAAAUGUUAGUAAUGAUGAUGAAUCAUGGUUUGAAACAAAAGCUUCAAUACCAUGGGAUGAUCAAUUCAUAAUAAAUAUAAAUGAAAGAAAUCCAGAGGAUCAAGUUGUGGAUAUUUUAAUUAAUAAUUUAGACGAUGGUGCACACCCGUUCCAUAUUCAUGGUUAUAAAUUUUGGAUCCUCAGAGCAUCAUCAGGAAAUUUUAAAUUUGAUCAUUAUUAUGAAAUUGAUCCAAAUAAAGAAGAAUAUAUGAAAAGAGAUACUGUGAACAUCCCAGGUUAUGGUUAUGCAUUAUUAAGAAUUGUUGCUGAUAAUCCUGGGGUUUGGCCAUUACAUUGUCAUAUUGGUUGGCAUAUGGAAGCUGGAUUAUUAAUGCAAUUGAAUGUUUUACCAAGUGUUUAUAAAGAUUGGGAAUUCCCUGAACAAUGGUUAGAAUUAUGUGAUUUAAAAGAACAAAAAAGUACAUAA